GGCCGCGCUGCUGCUGCCGCCGCUGCGUACUGUGGAUCCAUGUGUGCGGGGCGGAGAAACAAACAUGGCGGCGGGAUACGCUUGGUUCCUCGUGUUGUGUUCAGUUUUUUUGUGCAACUUAAUGAAAACACUCCUCCCGUCCAUAUCUUCGUGUCUCUCCAAAAUGGUGCAGAAGGAUGCUGAGCAGGAAAGUGAAAUGAGAGCAGAAAUUCAAGAUCUCAAGAGGGAGCAGUCCUCCAUUAGUAUGAUGGAUGAAUUUGCCAGAUAUGCACGGCUGGAGCGUAAAAUCAACAAGUUGACAGACCAACUAAAAACACAUGUGAAAUCAAGAACUGCACAACAGGCGAAGAUGAAGUGGGUGGUGAACAUUGUCUUUUAUAUUUUACAGGCCGCUCUGAUGAUCUCUCUCAUAUGGAAGUAUUACUCUGACCCGGUCACUGUGGUCCCCAGUCGAUGGAUAGCUCCUGUGGAGCGUCUUGUUGCAUUCCCCACUGGGGUGGCAGGUGGUGUGGGCAUUACAUGCUGGUUGGUAGUUUGUAACAAAGUAGUUACACUGGGUCUCAGUGCUGUGAGUUAAAAAGAUUAUUUUUACUCCUCACUGUUUUUGUUUUGUUUGUCUCCACUGGAUCAAAAAAAAAAUGAAUAUAGGCCUACUGACCUGAAUGUUAUGUGAUGGUAAAAUUAUCUUGAUUUUGUUUUGUAAUUGAUGUUAUUUAUUUCGUUACCUUUGAGUAUUUCUUUUAAUAAAAAAUGAAUAAAUGUA